CAACCUAAUAUCUUGAAACUUCCCAGAAACAUUUAUCCAUUGAAGAUGUAUUAUGUAUUGUAUCUUACAAAAAUACUAAUCAUAGAGGUGAAAACUUGCUAGUCUAAUACUCUAGACAAACGUUUUCUCUCAUCCUGAAAAGAAAGAGAGCUGUAUGACGUCUGCCAAAGUCUCCGGCCAAAGUCUGAUCAUGAAUAAUGAAACAAAAAAAGUUUUAGUUUUCCGCCUUAUUCUUCCUUCAACCCUGGUCUGUUAGAUGACAACACUGUUGUGCAGUGAAAACAGGAGCCAAAAAAAAUCAUCGUCGCUACUUGGUUAUGCCACCACAGCUGAAGCAACUGAGUAAUUUCCUUCAUAAGGUUCUACUAUCAUUGGUGAUGGCAAGGGUCACCCAAGGUGACCUGAUUGGUCACUGGCUGCUUGACGGCUCUGAUGUGGGACUGCGCCAUGAAAACAGCCCUAUCGUCGAAGUCGGUUUCUACCCCGGCACACGAGCAACGGCGUAUGACAAAUUUUCUGAGUGCUACACGGAAAUCCCUGUCAUGAUUGAUCUCCGAGGAAAAAGCUUUACCAUAGCGGCUUGGAUCAAAAUAAAAGCAAAAUUGCAAAUAACGCAAACCAUUAUAUCAGAUUGGGCGGACCCGCAACAGUUCACCUUUGCAUUAAGCAGUUCACAGAGACUCCUGUUCAAACGCUACUACAAAGAUGGGACUCCUAAUCAAAUACUAUCGUCAAAAGUCGUGUCGAUCGGUCGGUGGUACCACGUGGCCGUAACCUUCGAUAAGGAAUCAGGCCUGGUCAGACUUUACCUCGAUACCAUAGAGAUUGAAUCGUUGGUGUUUGACAUGAAGGAGUGGAGGGGUCCCUCAUCAAAACCUAUCAUAGGGGAUAGUUUGAGUACCGCAUUUCCGGAUCAGAAAUUUUCCGGCGCUAUAAUGGACGUGUAUGUGUUUGGUGUCGUGAAAAGUGGUGGAGAACUCGAUGACCUUAGAGGUGAGUCCCCCACUCCUGUGUAUUUGUUUGGUGUCGUGAAGAGUCGCGGAGAACUUGAUGACCUUAGAGGUGAGUCCCCCACUCCUGUGUAUUUGUUUGGUGUCGUGAAGAGUCGCGGAGAACUUGAUGACCUUAGAGGUGAGUCCCCCACUCCUGUGUAUUUGUUUGGUGUCGUGAAGAGUCGCGGAGAACUUGAUGACCUUAGAGCUCCACUUGAUGAGCGCAUGGUGUUCCAGCACCUUCCGGGCAGUCUUACAGGUCACGUGAUCUCCUCUCACACCGAGUUCGACCAUCGCCUGUGCAUGGUGUUGUGCGCGCGCACGUCUGCGUGUGUAUCCUUCAACCAUCGUCCUGAUGGGGGGAUCUGUCAGUUAAAAAAUGGCACCAAACGGGAGUACCCUGGGGAUUUUAUCACGUCGAAUGGGUUCCAGUACUACGAAAAGCUUGAAUUCACCCUGAUUCCGUGGAAAUAGAAGCAAAUGGGGAUGUGGUGCUGAAUGGAAAAAAUCAAAUAGCAUUCUGUUUUCGAACCCUAAUAAAGUUCUCGCUUAACAUUUUACCGGAAAAUUAAGAUGUUAAUGUUACUUUUAGACUCGUAGGGUCUUCAAUAAUGACUACUGAUCCCCUAAGCAAACUCACGCACCAGUAGUCUAUUUUAUCCGUAAUUUUAAAAAUAGAAAUCUUACCAAGAGUCCGGUAUGUUCUUAGAAUUUAAAGGUUAUAUAGGCUUCAAUAUAAUACACCAAAAACUGGAAUUCGACUUUAAUAAGACUUCUUCAGGGCAGACAGAAAAAGGUGAAUUGUUACAAGCUUAUUUAAAUCAGAGUAGUGGAGCGAGACGCAAAAACAUUACAACUGACAAAAAAUCGCACAUUCUAAAAUGCUAUGGACGAAAAGAAUUUAUAUACCUCUACGCGGGUUUCUACUACAAAAAAAGUCGUCACUAUUAAGACCCCGCGGGUUAGAUAAACUUAAGCCGAUAAGCCCACUGACCUUCCCUUUCCCUAAAGCUGAGCCUGGGAUUUACACUUAUAUAUAAGUUGUACCCUUACAUUACUAAGACCUAAAUGAUUGUCGCAUUGAAAAUGUUGGUAGAUAAGGUCAUCCUUAACUCUUUCACUAACCGGUAAACUAGGGUGCUUAUUUAACCUACUUUUGUGAUUAUUAAAACGCUUCCUAAAACUAUUGAUAGUAGAACCUACGUACUGAUUGCUACACUUAGAGCAAGUAAUGAGAUAAACAACAAAAUCCGAAUUACAGUCCAAGUCAAAAUUAAUUGACAUAUUUCUUACUGGUAACCGUACUGCGAAACUCCUGCCCUGUCUCAAGAAAGUUGCACACCCUACAUCUUUUACCGCCACACUUACGACAACCUAUAACCUAAAUACUAUCCUCUUUAAGAGAGGAGUGCACCAACAUAUCCUUUAAACUCCUAGGUUUACUAUAAGCCACAAUAGGUACCUUACUAAUAGCACCCCUACACCUACUCGAAGAUUUUAGAACUGGCUGUAAAUUAAGUAGAAUGUGCCAGGUAAAUUAGGUAAUGUUUUUGCGUCUCGCGCCACUAUUCUUAUGUAAAUAAGCUUGUAACGAAUUACCUUCUUCAGUCUGCCCUGAAGAAGUCUUAUUAAAGACGAAAAUUUGGCCGAGUCGGAUUCCAGUUUUUGGUGUAUUGUAUUCAUUCUUCUGGUUCACGAACACGACUAUUUGGGCUUUUUGUAUUUAUUAGGCUUCAGUAUAGAUACAGAUGAGGUUUCAAUUAUAACCGCCACAACUA